CGCCCAGGUUUUGCUGUGCCGGGGAAUUGUGUGCUGGUGCCGCAGCAGCCUCAGAUUGGAGAGCGGUCGGCGGGGACUUAGUGGUCCAGGCUACGCUUUCUCGCUUCAGAGUGCACCGCAGCGCCGGGACUCAUUGCCUUAUCCUCCCUCUGAUCCCCGCCAUCUCCAGCAGCAUCACCAUGGCCAAGGAGGAGAACAAGAGCACGGAGCAGUCCUCUUCUGCAUGGAAGCAGUUCAUCUACAACCCGCGCAGUGGGGAGAUCUUGGGCCGCACGGCCAGCAGCUGGGCUCUGAUCCUACUCUUUUACCUGGUGUUCUAUGGCUUCCUGGCCGGACUCUUCACCCUGACUAUGUGGGUGAUGCUGCAGACACUGGACGACUCUGUUCCUAAAUAUCGUGAUCGGGUUUCCUCUCCAGGUCUUAUGAUAUCCCCUAAAUCAGCUGGAUUGGAAAUCACCUUCAGUAAAAGUGACAAGAAUUCGUAUGACAGCUAUGUGGGAGCUCUUCAUAGUUUUCUAACACCAUUCAACGACAGCCUACAAGCCUCAAAUGUGCAGUGCCCGCCAGGCCGCUAUUUUGAGCAGGAAGGGGAGGACAAAAAGCUGUCCUGCCAGUUUAACAGGUCCUCCCUGGGCCCCUGCGCCGGGCUGGAAGGAAAUGAGUUCUUCGGGUACAAUGAAGGGAGCCCCUGCGUGAUUGUCAAGAUGAACAGGAUAAUUGGACUAAAACCACAAGGAAAUCCUAAAAUAAACUGUACUUCUAGGGCAGAAAACGUCAGCCUGCAGUAUUACCCCGAAUACGGGAAGAUAGACUUGAUGUAUUUUCCGUAUUAUGGAAAGAAAAUCCAUUUGCAAUAUGUGCAGCCUUUGGUUGCAGUGAAAAUCACACCUUCCAACGCCACCGGUACAUCAGAGAUCAUUCUAGAGUGCAAGAUUUAUGGCUCUCCUAACCUGAAGAACGAAGACGACAGAGACAAGUUCCUUGGCAGAGUCAAUUUUAGAGUCCAAAUGAAGGAUUAAAACUAGGCAGCUAAACAGUGUCCAAUUGAA